AUGAACUGCACCGCCAUCAACAGCAACCAGAUCGAAACGACACCAAACAACCAUCCCCGGUUGAUCGGAACUAUGGGAACGGCGACUCCUCUAACAGCAACCACUCCACCCGCUCGAACGGCCAAGGCAACCAUCUGCAGUGGUCCAGCCGGAACGGGUACGACCGUGUUCUUUCACCGGACCACUAAUAACCUGCUGGAUGUGCCUCGAACGGCCAACAGCUCCGAAGAGGAAAACUCCCCAACUGAGCUGAACACGUGUCGCAAGCUAACCGAAAAGCCGCCACUGGUGAAAAGGCUUACGAUGGGCAUCCUGCGGACGGCUGAAGAUAGCAGACCUCUAGUGCAUAGUUCGUCAUCUCCUUCCAGCUCGUCUAGUUCCUCACAGACGAUCUCCGAUGGGUACGUCAACGAGGGCAUUUGUGCUGACACAGCCGAAACGACCCUCACGACGGCAGUGUUCACGACCAAGGUGUCCGGUAGUGCCUCGACCGCAUCAACAACGACGACGAUGAUCGCGGGUGGUAGUACCAUGCGAAGCCCAUUGUCACCUGGGACAUCCCUAACCGGGCCAGGAUCCAUCGCCGGUGGAAGUUUCCUGCUUGAUGCCGGAGGACCCCGGUAUAAUCACACGGCAACGACGCUACUUUACCCACCAGCCGUUCCACUGCGCAACGACAGCCUCAGCCUGAAGGAGCAGCACGAGUUGAAGGGAGCGCCCUGGUUUCAGGCGGGAAUUCCACGCGAAAUUUCCCUCGAGGUCCUGUCACGUCAGAAUCCCGGCGCGUUCCUUGUGCGCCAGAGCACGACCAAGCCCGGUUGCUUCGCGCUUUCGCUGCGAGUUCCUCCUCCGGCGCCUAAAGUAGCACAUUACCUAAUUCUAAGGACGAUACGAGGGUACAAGAUUAAGGGCUUCACGAAAGAGUUCACCUCCUUGCGGGCUUUGAUAACGCACCAUUCGGUGAUGCCGGAACUACUGCCCGUUCCACUGGCGCUACCAAGACCACCGCAGAUCGUGCACCGGCAGGAGGAUCCGGAAACGUACGGUUCCCUCAACGACUUCCAGAACAUGAUCACCGAGUGA